AUGACGCCGCCGCCAGUCAAGCGUCAGAAGCCCGAGAUAGAAUUCACGGAUGGAUUAGACUUUAUUACGAAAUUCAGCGCUGCUUAUAGAGCCUCUGCGCAUGAGGGAUCUCUCUCCGGUAUCAAAGAUAUCUUAAGCGCUUUCAGAAGCGCUAUCACAAUACCGCAAGACCUUCCUAUAACCGAUAAGCGCUACAAAUUAGUUUUAGAUUAUCUAAGAAGGUCUUCCAAUGCAUCUGAGCUUUUCAGGUGCUGGGAGUUGUGCCAUCAGGACCACAAAUUAGCUGCAAGUCUCCCCCUCCCUCUCACUACCAUUGCUGCUCUCCUCAAUGUUGCGGCUUCGCACACUCACUUGCAUCCAUCUGCAUUAGCCAUCCUCAACGAAGCUAUAAAAUCACAGUCCUUCCUCAGAGAUUACAUGGGUGAUAACAAAAACGACCUUAUCUUGGCGUCUCUCAAGCUAACCCUCGCCAUGGCUGAGGCUGCUGGUAGGAUUGGCGUGCAGAAGGAAAUGCGCACCAUUUGGGAGAACUUUGGAUGGUCAUUUAAGUUUGUACCAAAAUUGCUGAAUAUGCGCAGAAAGAAGUCCACUGAUGGCGAAAACGACCCUAUCGGAAAAGCGGAUAUUCGUACGCUCUACUUACUUCUCAAUAUGGUGUUCAUUUCACCAUCACUCUCCAAUCCAUACCUUAUCAACAUGCACUUGUCACACAAAGAGAUCAACCAGCAACUCUUUAAAGGACUCUCGCAAGAUCAUUAUCUUGUGAUACAAAAGUUUCUUAAAAUUUGGCAUGAUUGCUGGUCAGACGGUCGUAUAUCUAGAUCUAUCAAACUCUCUAUCUGGAAUGAGCAGACUAUUGACCACAUAUUAAAGCUCUACAACAGAAAUGAAAACGAAGGUGAUGAUGUGAUUGAGCAAAUUCCAGCUAAGCUCGUACAUGUAUAUCUCAAAUCAUUGUGCACAAGACCAGGAUUCGCGUUGUGUUUCAAAGACGAUGGUUACUACCCCCGCCAGCAGCAACAGCAGGGCGAGAAUAUAAGUACCAGCAGACUUUACAACCGUCAAUUACUCGGUGUUCUUAAGAAUCUUCGUAUCGGUGACAAUGAGCUCAACGCUGAUUUGGCCCUGUCAAUACUAGCAGCAUGUCCGGAGCUGGCAUCGCAUUACUGGAAACAGUCAAGUUUGACACUCGAGCCCCGUUUAUCAUCGAGAUGGAUCUCCAACAUUUCCUACUUAGCAUGUGCGGUGUCCUUACCAGUUCCAACUGAAUCAUUCAAGCAAAACGGAUUUUACAAGCCAUCACCACCACCGUUGAAUGGAAUGAUUGAAGCAAUUAUCCCGACGAUUGUUCAGAAAGCCAACUUUACUAAAGGUUUACACUCUUCAACUCCAGUGCAACUGGUACAGCACUGCAUAUCGCUUGCGGUCACAAAAGCCCUUGAUAAGCUUGAUAGAGUUCAGCAAUUGAUGCAGGAGGCAGCUGAUUCGUUAGAAGAGAGCGAGGCAGAUGGCCAAUGGCACAGACGUCGUAGAGAGUUGUUGCGUGAAGCGAUAAAAAGAUUGCCUGAGGGUAAAGUUAUUGCUCAUUUUGCUGCAUCUCAAGAAUCAUCAAAGAACAAGAUGUUGCUGGAAAAUUCGCUAAGAUUGUUGCAUCAGUAUCAGUCAGUUAUACCGACAGCCUUCCAAGAAUCUCAAAUUGAUGUAUCGAAGUUGCUUUUCUCAGGUGGACUUGCAGAUCCUAACCUUGAUUCAUUUGACUCUUUGAGUCAACUGCACGCGCUUCGUUUGUUGAAAGGCAGUGAUGUAUACAAUGUCGCUUCGAAAGUCGGGUCAGAGAGUGCAUUCAAAGCAAUCAUGAAACUCAAUAUCAAUACUAAACACGCUUUUAUUAGAAAUGUCACUAGUGAGAUUGUCUCCAAUUUCUUAUCGAACAGCGUUUUAUUCGAGCACGACAAAUCUGAAACUCACCUCUGGCUUUCAAACUUGAGCGCGGAUAGCCUCGAUUUCGUUGAUAGCUGCAUUUUGCGCUGCGUUAAGACACCUUACAGAUAUUUAGAGCAAAUGCGAGAACUUUUAGAUAAGGAGUCUGAUGCAGAUUUACCUGCUUCACUCCCAUCUCCACUUAUCUAUACUUUACUUGAACAGCUAAGCUAUCAAAUUUCGAAGAAGCUGCUGAGCGAUGAUAACGCAGCUGAGUUGGCAGGCUAUGCUCGUAAUCUGAUUAUCGGACUGGCCGGAAAACAGCCUUCAAUUGACGGUAUUGUUAAGCGUCUUGUUGACUGGUUGAGACAUAUUUGUGACAGUCACGAUGGUUCCAAUUCCCGCAUACAGUCAGAUAUCAUCAAAAGACAAACGAAGGGUCUCACUAAGCCACCAAAGAAGGUGUCUGGCUUAGAUGGGCUCGAUCAUUCGGACUUACCAGCUCGCAUCUAUUCUUUAGAUCCAGUUGACCAGAAUCUAUUCGCGUCUGUCAAGUUUGAUGGUACACAGAGCUUGAUUGAACGUUUCGAUUUAGUUGUUCCACAUAUCACACCAGAUGCCCUCGACGAUGUUGUGUCAAGAGACUACAUCAAAGAGAGUGCCAAGGCAUACUACUCACAUGCAAGAUCAACUCAAUUCCUUGUCCGCAGACUUGGGGAUGAACGUGGCAGAGAUGUUAUCAUCAGUCUGUUAAUUGAGCUUAUCAAGUCCGCUGGAAAGAAUGAGAAAAGAACUGUCAUCGAGACUGUACUGCAAUCUCGCGUGUUACUCGCCAUUUUUAAUACAAAGAACAUAGAGCUCAGUCUAUCAAACUCUUUGAAACGAUUCACCGAAGAGCUGAAGAAGGUCGAUAAUAUUUCACAUGAUUAUGCUGGACAGUUAUCCGACUUUGUUGGUCAAGCAGCUACACAAUUCACUAAAAAGGAUUGGAAGGAUUAUGAAAGUGUUAUGAUUUGUUGGAUACCAUUCUUUGACUUCAAACAGCUGAACGAAGCGCUCAUGAUGUCAGCAGUCAACGCACCGGAAAGCUUAGUGACAUUCAAGCACAUUUUGAUUAUCUUGAACAGGAGCGAGCACUCUGAAAUAGUUGCAAGCGUAUACGAUAGAUCAUCAUCCCUGAAGACGCUGAUCGACGUUGUGUUCAAGACAACAGAUGAGGGUGUCUUGAACGAGCUGCACAAGUUCUUUGAACGUCUAUUGCCGCUCAGAAACUUCAAUCAGGGCGACGCCACCGUAGCUGUUUCUCAAUUUAAGAGUUUGCUCAAACCAAAAGAGGUAGAAGUGAAAAAGGUUCAAUUACCUCAGACGCAAAAGCAGGAUUCCAUCAUGGCCUUGUUGAUCACAAGAUUCUCUCAAUACAGACGCGCUUUCUACAAGUCAACCAAAAAGGUUAAUAUCGGUGAUCUGCCCAAGUUGUCAGCGACUGCUUACGGGAAUAUUGUCGCACUUGGCGUGAGAUUUGGUGCCUCACUGGAGGACAAAGAGAUUGAUUUAGCUAAAAAGGUGGCUGGAGUUGCUGUUCAGCAUGCUAUCGAUAUAGAGAAUGAAGAAGUUUCUAUUGAACAUAUCUUUGCUUUAUUCAAAUCAUCAGCUGAUGCCCAAUCCCUUUUAUCUCAAUUGAACUGGAUACCUGGAUACAGUGCAAGGUUGUGCAAAUUGCUUAGUCAGAUUACUGAUUCCCUCUCAUCAUUUGAGGAAUCGCAAAGCUUUAUCAAGAAAGCAUUCAUUGGCAACCUCGACAAAAUGGUCAGAAUUAUCAACAUGCAAGAAAAAGAAGUCGAUGCAGCUGCUUUGGAGUGUUUGGCGAAUGUCGCAUCAAAGAUACAAUUGUCUGCUGACGAUGUCGAGUCUUUCCUUAUCACAUCCUCGCAACGCGGUUUGUCACAAGCCCCUGUGAUGAAAUUUGCAGGUGUUUUGCUGAAUUCAGUGCAACUACCCCCAAAUCUCGUUCUUUCACUGAUUCAGUACGCUUACGGAUCUAAUUUAUUCAAAGAUGUGUCUUCAAAUAUAAGCAUUACGAAGCAGCGCGUUUUAGAGUACAUCCACAAACUCUUCCACAAGGCACCUGCGGCUCUUUGUCAACUCACACAAAUCAAUCCAUUGGUGAACAUCUACAAUGCAACCUUACAUCCAUCUGAUACUCUUAUACUAGAUAUCUUCAACCUUUUCGAGCGUGUCUGCAGGCAGUCCCUCACCGCCAUUACUAGGGUUUGGACACCUCCAUCUACUAUUGCGCCAGCAAAUUCCAACAGUCGCGCAAUAGACGCAAUCACCGCGCUAGAUAGUAAUAAGGUAUUUAGCACCUGCCUGUCCUUCCCUAACAGACUGUCUUUUUCGAGGGAUAUUAGCAACAUUGAUGACAUAGAAUGUCCUGAAGACCUCUACGAUCCUAGAUUUUUGAUGGCAUUACUAUCGAGCGUUUUUAUGGAUGAAACCCUCACUGAUUUCGAGUACCUCGAGUUGGUUAGAUACUCAAUCAUCAACGUUCCUAUAAUGGGCCUGUCAUCGCGCCGUCCUGACAUGAGAAAGGCUUCCCUGCAUCUUAUGGGACACGUCAGCGGUAUAUUGAACAAACGGAACUUUACAGAAAAGGCAGAAUUGGAAUACUUGUUACAAAACUUCCGUAACACAAUACCUCAGCAUGAAAUGCAUGAAGAGGUGCCUAGACAACCAACCUUGAUUACAGCGUUCGUUUCACACGCCACAAGAGCGAUAGUCAACCCAUCAAACCACGCUUACCCACUCAUAAUGAGAUUUCUACUGCAGCGUCCGCAACUCGAUGUCAAGAAUGUCCCGCUCUUCUUCGACCUCCUACUUAGUUACGGUGAAGACAGGAGAUGGGAAAGAGGAUGGAUAUUGAAGCUGUUAAGAGAUGGUGUAAAGUCAUCAUAUGAUUGGCUGAUGAUGAAGCGUCGUCACAAUUGGGACGUUCUAGCUACGUUAUACGAAUCGUCGACAGAUGAUAUUGCAAUCAAGACACUGAUUGAAGAAGUUGCUUUGACUUUGACAAGCAAUCCUGCAACAGCUACCAAUAUUGUCACAUCCAAGCCGUUCUUGAUGUGGAUCAAUCAACAGUUUGCCAUCACGAAGGUUGGCAGUAGAUCUUUGAAAAACUUUCUCAAAGUUGUUUCAAAUAUUGUCAAGAACGGGGAUAUAUCUGCGAUGGAUUAUUCGUCAAGAGGUGUUUGGAGAUCUGAGGUUUUCUCAAUUGUCAAUCUCGCCACCAAGUACAACGAUAUAGAGUGUUUGAGACUGUCGUCUGAGAUUUUCCACUCACUGACAAACUUACCUAUGUCGGAGAAAUACCGUGACAUCAUUUCGUCAGGUUCGGUUGAGGCGCUGCUCAAAAACCUUGUCACCGCUGUAUCUAGAGCUGGAUACGAUAUUGAUGAAAAUUACAGAACUACACUGAAAAAUCUCGGGUUGGUCUUUGCAGCUGUCAAAACUAACGACACACAUUCCAAAGACACACAUGGUUGGAUUCAACUGAUCAGCAGAAUAUUAGCUACUGGUGAUGACAAUUACUACAACAUGGUAUUAGGGCAGUUACAUAAUUACUUGUAG